AUGUCCACUGGCUAUCCAACGGCUUUAGGUGCUCGUCCAAUUACUCCGCUAUCGCCUGGCGUCAAGCUUGGCCGUCAACGUCCCACGAUUCCGCCGCAGCCUAUGGACAAUAGGCAAACAGACUAUUCGCAAUCAGGUACGAAACUUGGACUUCCACUCACCGAUUCUUCAAUCUCGGACGACGCUCAGAGAGACGCCUCUUCAGAUCAGCCAUCCGCUGCGCAUUACCCGUCGAACCCAGACUCCCGUUCGGCCAACUUCUCCUCCAGUACGGCCACUCCUAACUCGGAAUACGGGAUCGCCCCUUCCUCGGCGCGUUCCAGCACUUUCCCCGACUACCAAAGGCCCUAUCACCCGAAUAUCGCCCCUGGAGCGAACCAACAGCAAGGAAUGGCCCAAGCAACAAGUCCGUCCAUGCCUUUGAAUGCUUCUGGCUCUCCCAAUGGCCAAUCUGCCACCUCUCCCAACAUGAGAUCUGACCAAACGCAACAAAUAGAUCCCUCCAUCGCGGCCGCCACCAGCCCUACGUAUCCUCCGCAGCAUCAUCAAUAUUCCCCUUACACGCCUUCUCCCGCCGACAUGUCCCAUUACGCGGGCCAUCCGGGGGUGUAUGGACGCCCAGAGUGGGCAGGGGGUCAAUAUGGAGCCUCCCCGAUGUACGCGCAUUCGGCCGUGACAUCGGGCGGACCGCUGCCAGCCCUGGUUUCACCGGGCGCCCACCCGCUGUCGACCGUUUACUCCUUUGUCCCGAUCCCGGGCGCGCAACAGCAUAAACGACCACGUCGAAGAUACGAGGAAAUCGAGCGCAUGUACAAGUGCGGAUGGAAUGGAUGCGAGAAGGCUUAUGGAACCCUGAACCAUUUGAACGCGCAUGUCACCAUGCAAUCCCAUGGCACCAAGCGCACUCCCGAAGAAUUCAAGGAAAUUCGCAAGGAAUGGAAACAGAAAAAGAAGGAGGAGGAAGCCGCGCGCAAAGCCGAAGAUGAACGUCACCGACGCGACGCCGAACAACGCGCCAGUGAGGGAGGCUCGGAAUCCCACCCCUACAAUCCCCCGCAUAUCGGUGCUCCCCCCUCCAUGCCCGGAGGUCCCCAACUGCCACCGAUCGGCUAUGGUCCGCCCGGUCAGAACCAACCGACGCAAGCUGGCUACGGCGGCCAGAGCCCAAUGACCGCCCAGUAUCCGCCCAACAGCCAGAUGUAUAACAGCGGCCAACCAACCAGCGGUGGCAAUUACCCUCCAUCUCCAUACGCUCCGAACAACCCUCAAAUGUACCAACAGCAUAACAAUGGCUCGGGCAACUAUCAGCCGUAG